UGGGGAGGGGCGUAUCAUCUUGAAAUGUCCUGCUCGUGUCCUCUUGGGAAGAGUUCGUUUUAAAAGAGAUUCUGGGGUUCCCUGAUAAGGUAGGACAUCUGUUCCUCUUAGGUAUAAUACUGCCCUCCGCACCCCGAGGGUUCCCUCAGUGUAAAACGCAGGUGGUCUAGUCCAGCGGAGACACUUGCCCCCGGCCACGGCGGGGAAGCCUGAGGAGUGAAGGGCCCAUCGCCCACGCAUGCGCACAGGCGUAGCAUGGGGGCGGGAGCCGUUGAGCCCCUUCCCAGCAUCUGAGAUCAUUGCUAGGAAGAACUCUGGGUACAAUAAUGAACACAGUGUAUGUGAUGAUGGCUCAAAUCUUAAGAUCUCAUCUGAUAAAUGCUUCAGUGAUUCCUAAUCGAAUGAAAAUGGGUCCAUAUCUUGGUGUCAUUAGAACUAGAAUGAUGUCAACUCAUAAAUCCAAAAAGAAUAUGAGAGAAUAUUAUAGGCUGCUGAAUCUGGAUGAAGGAUGCUCUGCAGAUGACGUCAGGGAAUCUUUUCAUAAGCUUGCCAAGAAAUACCAUCCAGAUGGUGGCUCUAAUACUGCUGAUUCUGCAACAUUUAUAAGGAUCGAAGAAGCUUAUAGGAAGGUGCUUUCCCACGUGAUAGAACAAACAAAUGCCAGACAGAGUAAAGUUGAAGAAACAGAAGAAGAAGAAAAAAAAUUCAAAUAUAACACACCCCAACACCGGCAUUAUUUAAGUUUUGAGGGUAUUGGUUUUGGGACUCCAAGUCAACGAGAGAAGCAGUAUAGGCAAUUUAGAGCAGACCGUGCAACUGAGCAAGUGAUGGAAUACCAAAAGCAGAAACUGCAAAGCCAGUAUUUCACCAAUAGUAUAACUGUUAAAGAUGUAAGACACAGUAAGGAACAAAAGAUAACUCAAGCAAUAGAACGUUUGGUGGAGGAUCUCAUUCAGGAAUCAAUGGCAAAAGGAGACUUUGACAAUCUCAGUGGGAAAGGAAAACCUCUAAAAAAAUUUUCUGGCUGUUCAUAUAUUGAUCCCAUGACUCACAACCUGAACAGAAUAUUGAUAGACAAUGGAUACCAGCCAGAAUGGAUCCUAAUGCAAAAGGAAAUAAAGGAUACUAUUGAUCAACUCAGAGAGGCAAUUUUAGUGUCAAGGAAAAAACUUGGGAAUCCAAUGACACCAACUGAACAGAAACAGUGGAACCAAGUUUGUGAGCAGUUUCAAGAAAAUAUCAAAAAACUAAACAAGCGAAUUAAUGACUUUAAUUUAAUUGUUCCCCUUCUGACCAGGCAAAAAGUCCAUUUUGAUGCACAGAAAGAAAUUGCCAGAGCCCAGGAAAUAUAUGAGACGCUUAUAAAAACACAAGAAGUCACAGAUAAAAACCCAAAUAACUUUGAUCAGGGAGAAGGAGAGAAAACACCUGGAGUCAAGACAGGUUUCUUUAACUGGAUGAAUGUGUGGCAAUUUAUUAAAACAUGACCAUCUCGUUGCUCACAGAACUGCCCCCAAUCAUUUUCAGUAGUACUGACAUCACACAUAGAGGCUGAGAUUUCUUUCUGUAACACAAGAGUCUGAGAACUGUGUGCCUCUGUACUUUUCACAAAACAAGUCACGUCUCCAGUGAUGUGUAGAUGAGAGAGCUGUAAGAAACUAA